CUCUCAGCACUUGAAACACGCUUCGCAGUGCUCGUAGUACAGGCUGGGGUCUUAUGCAGUCAGCUUUUAUGUAAUCAUGAGCCCCAUGGUACAGGGUCUUUGCUGACUUGGCCGGCCCAGCUGGUUGCUCGAUGCGUCUCUCGACCUGCAGCACUUUGCUGAAAGAUGGAGCAUCCCGCCAUGCCUGAUGAAUACAAUGGCCGACCUGUGCAAUCUUGCCAACGGGCUUUGUGCUCCCACCGUGCUAACCAUAGGCCGCUGCCAUGGUGCCACAGGCUGAACACAAAGAUUUUCAUCGUCACGUCCACUGCGCCAUGCGGAGCUCCAACCGCUUUGGUUGUUCAUCACAGACUCUACACGCACGUUUCUCGGACCAGCUCCUCUUGCACAGACCUAUCAUUCACAAAGCCACUGUCAGUGCGUCGUCCGACUCCGUGUAGCUUGUGGUUAACUUCAUCUCGCCUGAA